AUGCCUCACCUCAUGCAGGCCCUCCGUCGGUCCAUUAAGGGCGAAAAGGACAACGCCAAAGUCAACAUUGCCCCCAAGUCUGCUGUUGCCAUCGUCCCUCCCAAGAAGGUUAUCCGAGCCCUAUACGAUUAUGAAGCGCAGUCCAACCAAGAGCUGAGCUUUUCGCGUGGCGACUUCUUCCACGUCAUUGGCAGAGAGAAUGACCCCGACUGGUACGAAGCCUGCAACCCAGCACUGCCCGACGCCCGCGGCCUCGUACCUGUAGCCUUUUUCCAAGCAUUAGGCCGAACCGAGAGAGACAGCGGCCAGUCCGACGGCGCCAUACCCCGGCCACCGACCAUGUCUCCGACCAUUUCCAAGAACCCCGAUCAUGACUCCGGCUAUGCCGAGACUGCGCCGCCCCCUGGCGCUACGCAGUCACCACCCGCGACUCAGCCGACGCAGCGUAUGUCCAGAUCCGGAAGCAGGUCCGGCGCGAUGGUGUACGGUAUCGUCAUGUACGAUUUUGUGGCGGAGCGCGCCGACGAGUUGGAGGCCAAGGCUGGAGAGGCCAUUAUCGUCAUUGCGCAGUCCAAUCCCGAGUGGUUCGUCGCCAAACCCAUCGGCAGGCUUGGAGGACCCGGUUUGAUUCCCGUGUCGUUUGUCGAAAUACGUGAUAUGGCGACGGACACGGCCGUUGGAGACGCCUCGGGAGCCAUCAAGAAGGCCGGCAUUCCCAAGGUCGAGGAAUGGAAGAAGAUGGCGGCCGACUACAAGAACAGCAGUAUCACACUAGGCAAGUUCGAUAACGGCUCUGCACCGCAACAGGGCUCCAUCGAGCAAGGGAUGGAACGUAUGAGUAUCCAACAAGGCGGACGCACUAGCUCACAGAAUGGGGCAAACCUUCAACAGCAGCAGCAGCAGCAGCCACCGCAGCAGCAACAGGCUGGCUACCAGCAAUCGCGCAACUCUCAGCAAGCUGCCCAACCCAGCCCUUACGCCAAAUCAGCGUCACAGCUUUACGCUCCAAUCUCAGCCCGCAUUCCGAGAUACUGCUUUGCGGAAGACAAGUACUGGUUCGUCAUUGAAGCCGUGCUGGAGGAUGGCCGUCACUGGGAGCUUUCCAGAUACUAUGAAGACUUUUAUGAUUUCCAGAUUGCCUUGCUCACCGAAUUCCCGGCCGAGGCAGGAAACACCGGCACGCAAAAGCGUACACUACCUUACAUGCCUGGACCGGUCAACUACGUUACAGACGCCAUCACUGAGGGCCGACUACACAACCUAGAUGCCUACGUCAAGAACCUACUUGCGCAGCCUGCUUACAUCGCAAGAUGUACCCUCGUCAAGCAAUUCUUCGCCCCUAGAGAAGGCGACUAUGAAAUUGACCCUAAUGCGCCAAAUGACGAAUACCGACUGUCAGGCGGCUCGCAGCCGUCACCGACCGAAUCACCAGCCGAUGCGGCAUCACAACAAGCGUCCAAGAACAAUCUGAACGGCAACGGCUACGGAGGAUCAUCUGCUACCCCUCAACAAAGAGCAGCGGGCCAGUCCGGAAUGAACCGUCAGCCAUCAUCUCUAUCUCAGUCCCAGCCCUCUCCCGCCAUCGGCCAGGGUCAAGUUCAAGCCAUGAAGAUCAAGCUAUACUUCAACGGCGAUCUGAUUGCGAUCCGAGUUGCGACAGAUAUCUCAUUUCAACAGCUGUACGACAAGAUUGUGGACAGACUCAAGAUUCCAGUGGGUGAAGAAAUCCAGCUUUUCUACAAGGACGAGCCGACUGGCGAUAAGCCCAAUUUAAUGAGCGACAAUGACCUCGAUUACGCAUUGCAAAGGAACGAGAAGCUCCUACUCUAUGUGGAGCAGGUCUAA